UUUCCGGUUGGCUCCGGCUAGAAGGUUGAAUAUUGGGUGUCCUGAGAGGUCAGAUUGCCGUCAGACAUGGCCCCAGGACAUGGGCACGAACAUGGACAUGGUCAUGGUAAACUGGAACUGCCAGAUUACAGACAGUGGAAAAUCGAAGGGACACCAUUAGAAACGGUGCAGAAGAGGCUUGUCACACGAGGACUGAGGGAUCCAUGGGCUCGCAAUGAGGCUUGGCGGUACAUGGGCGGCUUUGCACACAACAUCACCUUCAUGAACGUAUUAUUCAAAGGAUUCAAGUGGGGGUUCGCUGCGUUUGUGGUAGCUGUAGGGGCUGAAUAUUUCCUGACUUCCCAGAAUGGUGAUAAGAAGCAUCACUGAAGAGAGCACCUGGAGCCAUCUUGUGACGUUGCUUUCAUAAAAAUAAGAUUUCCUCCUUGGCUGUAUGUUUGUCCUUGAAAAAAUAUGGUUCAAUAAAGUAAGGAAAACUA